GAUGUCCAGAAGCACUCAGUGCACACUUUGGUGUUCAGGUCACUCAAGCGGACACAUGACAUGUUUCUUGCUGACCAGAGCAACGCCCCAGGAAAAGAUGAUGCCAGUGAGAAGAUAAAACGCCUGGUGAAGAUCCAAGAUGAGUAUGGACCCGUCAAGGAGCUGGCCAGACGUGAGGUCAGGAGCAAACAGCUGCAGCAAGCAGGGAGUGGUGAUAUGGUGAAUGGAACUUCUGGGGGAGACCUCCAGAAUGCAGACGGAAUGAGACUUUCUAACUCACAGCAGGAUAUGGACAAGAUGGACCAGAGCAAGGCGCUGGUUGCAGUCAACAUCGGCCAGCAGCAGAUGUUAGUGCCCAAGAAAGCUCCAACAAUGCCCAAGCCAAACUGGCACCCACCAUGGAAGUUAUACAGGGUGAUUAGUGGGCACAUUGGUUGGGUGAGGUGUUUGGCCGUGGAACCAGGCAAUGAGUGGUUUUGUUCCGGUUCUGGAGACAGAGUCAUUAAGAUUUGGGACCUGGCAUCAGGCACCCUCAAGUUGUCCCUGACAGGUCACGUCAGCACCGUGCGAGGCCUGGCUGUCAGCGCCAGACAGCCAUAUUUGUUCUCUUGUGGCGAGGAUAAGAUGGUCAAGUGCUGGGAUCUUGAGCAGAACAAGACCAUCCGCCACUACCACGGACAUCUUAGCGCUUGCUAUGGCCUUGACCUCCACCCGACCUUGGAUAUUCUCACGUCUUGUGGGAGGGACGGCACUGUUCGGAUAUGGGAUAUCCGCACAAAGGCCUGUAUUCACACGAUGACCGGACACACAAACACUGUUGCAGAGGUCAAGUGUCAGGCAGCAGAGCCUCAGGUGAUAUCGGGCAGUCACGAUUGUACGGUUCGUCUGUGGGACCUGGCUAUGGGAAGGACAAGAGUCACGCUGACCAACCACAAGAAGAGCGUGAGAGCUCUAGCUUUACAUCCUUCCCAGUACUCGUUUGCCUCGGGAUCGCCAGAUAACAUCAAGCAGUGGAAGUUCCCAGAUGGAAACUUCUUGCAGAAUUUGUCUGGGCACAAUGCCAUCAUCAACAGUUUGGCCUGCAACUCUGAUGGGGUCCUGGUUUCUGCAGCGGACAACGGCAGCAUGCACUUCUGGGACUGGAGGACCGGCUACAACUUCCAGAGAAUCCAGGCUGCUGCCCAGCCGGGCUCCAUCCACUCUGAGGCUGGCAUCUUUGCCGUCUGCUUUGACCAGAGUGGUUCCAGACUGAUCACCGGAGAGACGGACAAAACCAUCAAGAUUUAUAAAGAGGAUGAGUCUGCAACGGAGGAGACACACCCCAUCAACUGGAGACCAGACAUUUACAGAAAGAAGAAAUAUUGA